AUGGAUGCGUUCGUACAGCGGCUGCCGCGGCCUCGACCACAGCCGCCGUCGAGGUCGCCCACACGGCCGUCGCCACUGGGUGAACGCCCCGCAAAGAAGGUCAAGGUCGAGAUUGCGGACAGCGAUGACGAGGACGACGAAGACGAGGCUGACACCUCUGGGAUCACCGUCAACGAUGUCUCUGACGCUGAAGACGAGAAGGAUCGCCACGUGCGCCAGACUGCGAUUGAAAGUGCGCUGCCGCCGGUGCAGGUGGACAAGGAGGCGAUUGAGGAGUACGAAUUGAUGAGGAGCUCUCAGGUCAGUGUGCCUGACGAGGAAGAAAAGGAUGCUGGGACGGAGAGGAAGUGGGUGAGGGGCAAGAGCUCCAUCUAUGUGGACGCUUUUAACCUUGCGUUGGAUACCGUCUUGGCGGACGAGGCGCACUUGUUUGAUGCGAAGGAGGCUCAUGUCUUCGAGCAGUGGAAACAGCUCGACUAUGAAGCGCAGUAUCUCUAUGUUCGUUUGUUCCUGCGGAAGACGUCUGCGUGGCAUCGUCAAGACCGGCUGGGAUAUUACAGUGACAUAUCAGAUCCAGAGACAGCCAUCGAGUCUCUCCAGGAGGUCAGAGACUUGCCAGAAGUCGAUGUUUCGCCAGAUGGCAACCCGGUCGAGGGUGUCGAUCUUGAAGAGUUCAGUCUCAACGACACCUUCACUUUUGCGGAUGCGUCCGAAGAGCACAUCACGACCAUUGAAGAAGCUGCAUCGCUGCUAAGUCUGGACGAGCUCAAAGACCUGGCCAAGGAGGCCAGAUUUCAGGGGCGCAACAAAGCAGAUCUCAUCAAGGCGCUGUGCCGCACCGGUUAUCAGCAGACGGGCCUCUUCGCACACGGGCUUCAGAGGUCUGCUAGUGGAGAGUCACCAAACGCCAGAGGUCUCAUGGGAGAUGGACGGGACACCCCGCCACAUCUCAGCAGGCAGGACUCGAACCAGACGGGGCACUUUUUGGAAAAGAUCAGAGCCAUCACUGGUCCUUGUAUUAGGCUUUCACCUCUGACUUACAAACUCUUCGAGAGGGUCCACCUUGUUUUCUAUCGGUCGGCAGAGUGGACAGAGAAGUCUUUGACGGCAAUCAUCCUCGCCAGAAUCGCCAGGCGGAACUAUCCCGAGUACAUUGUCUGCCGAAGUACCAACAUAUUUGCCUCCCGUAGGCACGUACUCGAAUUCGAGGCCGCGAUCCGCGUGGAGGCUGACGUUGACUCCGUUUUGGAAUUCAACGGACCGCCUGGAGAGGCAGGGUUUCGCAAGAUUGUUGACAUCUUCGAGCGUGUGUAUCCGCGAUGGAAGAUGCUACUGAGCGAAGAGCAGGAGAAGGAGGCACGGGUCUAUGAAGAGGGUGAAGGCGCAUACCUGAGAAGGUUUACCCCUGUUCACUCCUACACUCGCAUCGUUCACAAAGCUGCCUAUGUGUUUGGAAAGCUGAAGGAUCAUGAACGCGAGCACUCUCUUCUCACUGAGCUCCUAGGUCAACAUCUAUUUCAUCCGGCGAGACGAGGCAGCUGGUACCAGCGGAAGGCUCUUCUGGAGGAGCACUACAUGCAUGCUCUCGACGGCAACCCAGUCUCAGCGGACCCGGAUAUACAGAAAAAGCACUGGAAGCGCAUCGCCGCCGCGACUUGCGAAGCAGGUCUCCAAGACAAUGACUGCCACUUAAUAUACCACUACGAUUUGCAGAAACGCCUCAUCAAGCUGGAGAAGCAGCUGCGUAUACCACGCCGACUUCAACACGACUUCGGCCAUGUUCGUCUUCAAAAGCCCGUCGAGCACACGGUGGAAGGCAUACAAAUCAAGAAGGAAGACCCCCAGGGCAGGAACGGCCGGCAAGCCAGCACCAAAACGAUCUGGGUUGACGAGCUGGAAGACGGCGGCGAGUGCAGCGUCGAGGAAAUGUGCCUCAGCUCGUACCGCAGCCAGGGGUAUAAAGGCUUCCAUGCCGAGGGCGGCAUCGUCCGCACCCUCUUCGCGUACCUGUUUUACGACAUUUUGUUCUUGUAUAUACCAAAUGUCUUCCAGACGGCGUACCAGACCUGUCCACUGGACCUGCAUACCGACUCCUUCUACCCGACUCGCGCCUCCGAGAUCAACCACCGGCUGAUGGACAUUGCAAACGGCGAAGCGGAGCGCAUCAUCCGCGAGGUCGACGACCGGGAGCGUGAGAGGCGGACAUGUGUCAUUGGGCUUAACUGGGACUACGACGUUGAGGACCUCGUGGAGCUGGUGGACUGUUUCGACGGCAGCGCGCUGGCGGCUUUGUGCAAGGUCAUGGCGCAGGAGUACCGGCAGCGCGGCGGGGGCUUGCCGGAUCUGAUACUCUGGCGGACGAAGCCGGAGAAGGAGGUCAUGUUCGCAGAGGUCAAGAGCGCGAACGACCGGCUGAGCGAUACCCAGCGGCUGUGGAUUCACGUACUCACCGGGGCUGGGGUGAAGGUCGUGCUCUGCAAUGCUGUGGCUAAGGAGGUCCGGAUUGUGGAUUGA